UGAUUCGUAAUAACCAUGAGGCAAAGUGUCCGCGAGUACCAGCAGCAGAUUGCCACAGUGCCACUUCACAGCAUGCUUUCCCUCUCAGAUGCCAACACGGACGACUUGGUGAAGUACCGGUGGCUGGCCGACAGGCCCAUCGAUCUGCCGGAGGGCCUCGAGAUCGCGCAGUUUGAGCUCCUGGGAUUCUCCGCCAAUGCAACCAGCCACGCUUACGUAACAGGGAACUUCAGUGGCCUGUUGGCAGAGUUCAAGCUGCGUCGCCAGAGUGGCUAUCACGUCCUCCAGACCUACGUGCCCACCAUCCUCAUAGUGUCCAUUUCAUGGGUGUCCUUCUGGCUGGACCCGAACGCCGUGCCCGGGCGUGUCACCCUCGGGGUCACGACGCUGCUCACCCUCACCACCCUUGCCUCGGGCAUCAGGGCUUCCCUGCCACCUGUCUCAUACGUAAAGGCUAUUGAUGUCUGGAUAGGAACAUGCAUGCUUAUGGUGUUCAGCGCUCUCGUGGAAUUCACUUUGGUUAACUGGCUCUUCAACAAGAAAGUUACUAAGUCUCUCCUCAAGAUUCCGAAAUCAGCGGAGCCCACGCAGAGCCAGAGGGACAGCGCGCCGGAGACCAGCAAGGCGCGGCGCACCUACGCUCGCCACGCCCUCCUCAUCGACAGGCUCAGUCGAUUAAUUUUUCCCGUUAUUUUCCUCCUUUUCAACCUUACUUACUGGCUUUGUUACUCAGUCUCCUAAGAACACACACACACACACACACACACACACACACACACACACACACACACACACACACACACACACACACACACACACACA